CGUUUACCAAGAAGUCAACAAUAGCGUAUUAUGAUGACUGUUUUCAGUUCGUUUAGUAGCUACUUACAUUUUGUCUGUCCGUCAUAAAGUUUUGUUAUAAACUUUCACGACUCUCAACCAUUCAGCUGCAGCCUGCAUUUAUCACCAUGUUGCCCAACGUGAGCCCAUCAAUGUCUCGGAUUGAGCCCCUCUCAGAAUCUGGCGCAGAUUCCUCUAAGAAUGCCCGUUUGAAACACACCAUCAGUGAAGGGUUUCUCCGUGAGUUAUACGAUUUGAAAUCCACUGGCACACUGUGUGAUGUGGUUUUGAAAGGAUCGGAGGAAAGCGCAGCUGGCAUUCCAUGCCACCGUGUGGUCCUUUGCGCACACAGCAGUUAUUUUCGCACCAUGUUCACGUCGGAGUGGAAGGAGAAGUACCAGGCAGAGGUCCAGCUGAAGAACAUUCCCGGCGGCCCGCUGAGCGAGCUGGUAAAUUUUGCUUACACGAUGGAAAUCAGUAUUCACGAACAGAAUGUCCACAACGUCCUAACUGCAGCAAUUUUCCUGGAUAUCAUCCCAGUGGCAAAAAUGUGUUGGGAGUUCGUGGAAGAUCACUUGGAUGCCUCCAGCUGUUUGAUGAUUCACUGUCUGGCGGAAAAGCACAAAAAUGGCGACCUGACAGAGAAAGCUAAAGCCAUGGUCCUUCGCCACUUCGUUCCCGUUUCACAGAGCGCAGAUUUUUUACUGAUAGACGCGCAGAAGGUAGUCGAGCUGGUCGCAUCGGAUGCACUGCAUGUGGAGAAGGAGGACGAAGUGCUUCAAGCUGUCAAGCGUUGGUUUGAUCACGAUCCGGCUGGACGAAAAGCUCACUUUUCGGAUAUUCUGCAAUUUAUUCGGGUGACCUUUCUCGGUCCUCAAUGUCUUGAUGAGUAUUUCUUGGCUCUGCUGAAUAGCUUCAUUACGACACCAGGCGCCGAAUCGUCAGUUCGUUCCGGCAACAUCAAAGACCUGGACACCCUGGACGUCACAGAGUUAGUCUGGCGAUACAAUCCAACCACCAAUGAGUGGCAGGAAGUAGCGCCAGUGCAAGUGCGGCGCUCGUGCCACGGUGUGGCGGCGCUCAACGGUCGCAUUUAUGCCGCAGGAGGAUGUCAUCUGGAUGUUAAUGAUGAAUUUACCAAGUUAUCUUCGGUGGAAUGCUUCGAUCCACAGACAAACAGCUGGCAAUUUGUGGCGGCCUUACCGGUUGCUCUGGACGAUGUUGCUAUGGUAGCAUUCAAGGACCGGCUGUAUUUAUUCGGAGGGGAUUCAGGAGAGUCGGAGGCGGUACCAAGACUAAGCAAUAAAUUGUUCUGCUACGACCCCGUAUUGAACGCCUGGAGUGAGCUCGCCGAUAUGCCGACUGCUCGACGGUGGUGCUCUGCUUGUAUCAGUCCGAGCGGACUGAUUUACCUAAUGGGUGGAGAUGUCGGUGAACCGGAGAAAUGUGUGCGCUGUACAGAAGCCUACGAUCCAGCGACUAAUAAAUGGCUGAAGAGGGGUUAA